GAGAAGAGUCUCUCCACCACAGCACAGCAGCACAGCAGCUCAGCACGCUGCCAGCGAGACAGAAAGAGCUCCUUUUCUUCAGGAUGACACCUGGACACGACCACAACCAGACCAGCAACACAUGAGGAUUGAGUUUUUACCACUUUAAUUUGAUUUAUAGAGUCUGAAAACAUCAUUCCUCGACUUCUUUCUGACUUUUUAUCCACUUGAGAAGCGCGACUAGUGAAGAUUUUUCCAGACAUCGACUACAAGAGCAGCUACACCAAACUGAUCAGCUUUAAAGGAGAACUUUGUCACCAUGAGCACCGACAAGAAAGUGGAGGAUGAGGCAGUCUUGGACAGAGGAGCGUCCUUUGUCAAACACGUCUGCGAUGCAGAGGAAGUUGAAGGUCACCACACUGUGUACAUUGGUGUGCACGUUCCCAAGAGCUACCACCGGAGGAGACGCCACAGACGCAAGUCUAGCCACAAGGAGAAGCGGGAACGACCUGAACACAGCGCGGAAGGAUACAAGUCGGAUGGGGACUACGCAGACGAGUCCGCUACAAACAUCCUCAAACCGCUCAUUUCUCCAGCUGAGAGGAUCCGGUUUAUCCUGGGAGAGGAGGACGAUGGUCCGCCGCCUCCUCAGCUCUUCACCGAGCUGGACGAGCUGCUGUCUGUGGACGGGCAGGAGAUGGAGUGGAAGGAGACAGCCAGGUGGAUCAAGUUUGAGGAGAAGGUGGAGGCGGGCGGCGAGCGCUGGAGCAAGCCUCAUGUGGCCACGCUGUCCUUGCACAGCCUGAUGGAGCUCAAAUCGUGCAUCGAGAAGGGCACCAUCAUGCUGGAACUGGAGGCCACCACGCUGCCGCAGGUUGUCGAGACGAUCAUCGACAGCCAGAUUGAGACGGGUCAGCUGAAGGCCGAACAGAAGGAGAAGGUCAUGUACACGCUGCUACGGAGGCAUCGCCACCAGACCAAGAAGUCCAACCUGCGCUCCCUCGCCGACAUUGGAAAGAGUGUUUCCAGUGCAAGUAGGCUGUUUACCAACCAGGAGAAUGCCCGCAACCCCCUCGAGCACCCUGUGCCUUAUUUAAGCCCACAACCCCCAGAGGAGCCAUUUGAGGUCACGAGGAGCUCCAGCAUGGGAUACCUCUGUAGCCCGACUACCGCCCACAGAAACCUCACCUCCAACAGCCUGAGUGACUUCUCUGACAAACCAGAGAAGGAUCAGCUGAAGAAUAAGUUCAUGAAGAAAUUGCCCCGUGAUGCGGAGGCAUCAAACGUGCUGGUUGGAGAGGUGGACUUCCUGGAGACUCCCUUUGUGGCGUUCGUUCGCCUGAAGGAGGCCGUCAUGCUGGGGGCUCUGACCGAGGUCCCCGUGCCCACAAGAUUUCUCUUCAUCCUGCUGGGCCCCAAAGGGAAAGCAAAGUCCUACCAUGAAAUUGGAAGAGCCAUUGCCACCCUGAUGUCAGAUGAGGUGUUCCACGAUAUUGCCUAUAAAGCGAAGGACAGGCAGGACCUGCUGGCUGGUAUCGAAGAGUUCCUGGAUGAGGUCAUUGUCCUGCCUCCUGGAGAGUGGGACCCCAACAUCAGGAUAGAGCCGCCCAAGUCUCUGCCCUCCUCAGACAAGAGGAAGAACAUGUAUGCCGGAUUGGAGCCACCUCAGAUGAAUGGAGACACUCCUCAUGAUGCGGGAAAUGGAGGAGGAGGAGGACCACACGAGGUUGGAGAGGAGCUCCAGCGCACCAGAAAGUUUUGCGGAGGUCUGGUCCUGGAUAUCAAGCGGAAGCUGCCCUUUUUUGCCAGCGACUUCUAUGAUGCGCUACAUAUCCAGUCUCUGUCGGCGAUCUUGUUCAUCUAUCUGGGUACGGUCACCAACGCGAUCACGUUUGGAGGCUUGCUGGGUGACGCUACAGAAAACAUGCAGGGAGUGCUGGAAAGUUUCCUGGGUACGGCACUGACGGGAACAGUGUUCUGUUUGCUGGCUGGUCAGCCCCUGACCAUUCUCAGCAGCACAGGCCCGGUGCUCGUCUUUGAAAGGCUCCUUUUCACCUUCAGCAAAGACAACGGGUUAGACUACCUUGAGUUCCGGCUGUGGAUCGGCCUGUGGUCGGCUAUAUUCUGUCUGGUGCUGGUCGCCACAGACGCCAGCUUCCUGGUGCAGUACUUCACUCGGUUCACCGAGGAAGGCUUCUCCGCGCUCAUCAGCUUCAUCUUCAUCUACGACGCUUUCAAGAAGAUGAUCAAGCUGGCCCACCACAACCCGAUCAACUCGGACUACGAUCCCGAGUUCGUCACUUACUACGACUGCCGCUGCAUGCCUGGCAACAACUCGGACCUCCUUGAAGUCGCUUCUUGGACAAACAGUACCGAUCUGCCAGUGAAUGCCACCUGGGCGACCCUGACCAAGCACGAGUGUGUGAAGUUCGGAGGGCAGCUGCUCGGAGAUACCUGCGGCUUUGUGCCUGACAUCACCCUGAUGUCCCUCAUCUUGUUCUUCGGGACCUACACCUGCUCCAUGGCUCUGAAGAAGUUCAAGUUCAGCCGCUUCUUCCCCACCACAGUGAGGAAGCUCAUCAGCGACUUUGCGAUCAUCUUGACCAUUUUGCUCUUCUGCGGCGUGGACGCCUUUGUCGGUGUGGAGACUCCAAAGCUCAUAGUGCCAAGUGAAUUCAAGCCCACGAGUCCACUGAGGGGCUGGUUUAUUCCUCCGUUUGGAGGGAACCCUUGGUGGGUGUACCUCGCAGCCACGCUCCCCGCUCUGCUCGUCACCAUUCUGAUAUUCAUGGACCAGCAGAUCACUGCUGUGAUUGUCAACAGGAAAGAGCACAAACUCAAGAAAGGAGCCGGCUAUCACUUGGAUCUGUUCUGGGUGGCCAUCCUGAUGAUUAUCUGCUCUUUCAUGGGCCUGCCGUGGUACGUGGCUGCCACCGUCAUCUCCAUCGCCCACAUUGACUCCCUGAAAAUGGAGACUCAGACGUCGGCCCCCGGGGAGGCGCCCAAAUUCCUGGGAGUCAGAGAGCAAAGAGUCACCGGUAUCUUUGUUUUCCUCCUGACGGGACUCUCUGUCUUCAUGGCCCCGAUCCUCAAGUUCAUUCCCAUGCCUGUGCUCUACGGUGUGUUCCUCUACAUGGGUGUGGCGUCACUCAAUGGUGUCCAGUUCAUGGACCGGCUGCAGCUGCUCCUGAUGCCGGCCAAGCACCAGCCGGACCUGAUCUACCUGCGGCACGUCCCCCAGAGACGCAUCCACCUCUUCACCUUCAUCCAAUGCCUGUGUUUGGCCCUCCUCUGGAUCCUCAAGUCUACCGUGGCCGCCAUCGUCUUCCCCGUCAUGAUCUUGGCGUUGGUCGCCGUCCGUAAGGCGAUGGACUACGUGUUCUCCCAGCACGACCUCAGCUACCUGGACGACGUCAUCCCGGAGAAAGACAAGAAGAAGAAAGAGGAUGAGAAGAAAAAGAAAGGAGGGAAGAAGAAGGGAAGCAUAGACAGUGAAAUCGAAUUUUCUGACUACCCCUACCAUGAAAACAUACCCAGUAUAAAAAUCUCUAUGGAUAUGAUGGAGCAGGAGCCCAUGUUGGGUGAUAAAUCUAUGGAUAGAGAUCAGGCGCCGACUUUCCCGCAUACGUCAUGCUGAUCACUACUUUGUGUCUCCCACCGUGGCCGAGUGACCUUGACAAAGGUGCAUACACUAAAGAUUCACCUCAGAUUCGAAUAGACAAGGACGCUGAGGAAAAGGCUUUCUUCCGGAGGAAGAGCUCCUUAACAGAUCUGUGAAUGAAUAAUCCAAAGAUACAGCAGAACUAGCACAACAUCCUCUUUUGUAUUAUACUACUGCUUUGUGACAGUGUUUUUUUUUUUUUUUUAAUAUUCCCUGUGUGAGGAUUUAAAUCAGAAUGGCUGGAAGUUUUUCGUCUUAAAAUUGAAACACUUUGGCGGUACUGAAUUUUAAAUGAGGGCUGACACAGGAUACGUUUGAGCAUUCUUCACCCGCAUGAGUUCUUGCAGAAAACAAAAGGGCUACUCAAGGUCAUGCAGUUUUUAUGGGACAUUGAUAUCUUAUGAAUGCGUACGCUAAUAAUUUAGAGCGUCCAGCUAAAGAUGUUUUAUCAUAAAAGAUGUCUUAGAUAUAGCAAGUUUGUAGAAUACAGAUGGAUCAAGGGGGAGCUUCCAAUAGUUUUUUUUUAAAAAUAGAUUUCCUCCGAAUAACACCAAACAAAACCAGCCUCUCUUUCUGUUUUUAUAUUUAUUUUUUUAAUCAGUGGAAUAUGAAGAGUAAAACAUAGCAGAGGUACUGCAUUUGGAGGCAACACACAGGAGAAAUCCUCCUUUACUUGUAGUGAACAAAAGGGCUACAAAAGGUGCACAGUCAUGAGCGGACAUUAAUUCUGUAUUUAUGGGCAUAUGAAUUAUUUAUCAAGCAUCCAUCUAAGGCUGCGUAUUCAUAAAACACAUCCAGAGGAUCAUGUAAGAAUACCAUGUUUGUUUCAGUAUGGUAAGAAGUAAAUGGUUGAACACCAUACAGACUGGAACUUUAUCCUUUUUUUCCUAUAUUUAUUAUAUUUAAACUCUCGGCGAAUGAAUUUGCCGUAAAGUAUGGCUUUACCGUUUAACUUCCCCAUUUGUGCAAAUUUGAAGAUAUUCUUUCUGUGGUCUGAUCCACUCGGCUGUCUUUUCCCUGUUUUAGGGAGAUCUAGAUGUAUUAUACCUGUAUGUAGCUCUACCUCUUAUAUCUCUGUAGGUGCCAGGCAUUAUAUAUAUAUAUAUAUAAAUAUAUAUAUAUAUUAAACACAUCUUGUUGUGCAAUUAUUUGUGAUCAAACACUGAUUUUUUUUUUUCAACUGGCACUGCAUAGGAUCUCUGAAUCUUCACUUUGAGUUCCUUUUUGCUCUGUGACACUUAAGAUAUUGUAUUUCUGUUUGUCAAUAUGAAAUAAUUAUGUAUGAUUUUUGCCGUGUUUUAAAGGGUAAUUCCACCAAAAUUAUUUUUUUCAUCCCAUAAGCAAAAAAAAAAAUCAUUUAAGAUUUUUUUUUAUUAUUAUUUUUAAUAAUUCACGUACUGAAGUUUGGGGGGUGGAAGUGAUGGCCUGUAACGUUCUCACACGCUUGACUGUGAACCCUAAAAGCCUGUUUGAGUUUCCUUUUUAAAAUGUGAUCAUAUUUAAAAAUCUGUUAAUGUGAUACAUUUUCAAUCUUUUGAGUACAUUUUUUUUUGUUUUUAAAUUAUGAAAUGUGUGUGUUUUUUUUUUAAUGAAAAUCAACAAACAAUCACUGUGAGGCAAUGCAAUGUUGUGACUUCCAGUCCUGGAAGAACUACUGCUUUAUAGCGUACAGGGUAAAACGUGUUUGUGCAACAGCUUCACUUUAAAAUUGACGUUUUGCUGAGACAUAUAUCAUUAUCUAAAUCCCAUUUAGUGACAGUUUAAUGUCUUAAAUUUUCUUAUUUGAGUCACUUGAUCAUUCUUUUAUUUCUGAUUGAAGUACACACUGAUUUAGGAUAUUAAUGCAUAUCUGAAUGUAAUACAUCUCAAUCAUUUGAAAUACAUAUAUUCCUUGAGGAAAAAUGACAUGCACAAUCAGCGCUGCUUCUCAUCUGAUUCGUAGUGCAAAUAAAGGGCUUUAAUUUUCACAAUGGCAUCAAUAUGCUGUCAAGAUGUGAAGCACAAGACUGUUACAGUUGCUUUUGAACCAAAAAAAAAAAAAAAAAAAUCAAAAACCACAUUGUCUUCCACUUUGUUCUGUGAUCUGUAUAUCUUGACUUUCUGGUUCCGAUUCCACAUUUACUGUAAUACUUUUGAACUCUGAAACCAGUUUUAUACAAACAUCUUAUGUGCUCAAUAACCAUAGGUUACUCAGAAGGAAGCAGAUGUCUGUUUUUUUUAUGGAGUGUUUUGAAUGACAGCAAUAAAACAGUCCAAAUGAUUCUUAAA